AAGCAAAUAUUGUUUUUGACCCACAAGAACAUAAUAUUAACAACAAACAAAUAUGUAUGUACUAAGAAAUUAGUUUUCUUCUAAAGUAAGAAUUUGUUAAUUAUUGCGUCAAUCGUAUAGAAAAUUAUUAAAGAAGUCUUUAGUUUUUCAUAACCAUUCACGCUCCAGCAAAAUGGGUGAACGAUAUAAUAUUCACAGCCAGUUAGAGCAUCUUCAAAGUAAAUACAUUGGAACCGGGCAUGCUGAUACCACCAAGUAUGAGUGGUUAACUAACCAACAUCGAGAUUCUUGCUGCAGUUACAUGGGUCAUCCCGAUUUACUAAGCUACUUUGCAAUUGUAGAAAAUGAAUCUAAGGCACGUGUUAAGUUCAACCUAAUGGAGAGAAUGUUACAACCCUGUGGACCACCCCCAGAGAAACCAGAAGAUUAAAAAUGUAUAAGUUGAAACUGACAGUUUAACUUAUAAUAUACUUUUUUCUAGCAAGUAAAUAAUAAACAUUUUCAUUCAAUUCAUCAUUAAUAAAUAAUUAAAUAAUAUAGUACAUAUAAACAUUAUAAAAUAUUUUUUAUUAAUAAUUAGACUAUAAAAUAUUUUUAUUCCUUCAUCAGCCUGUAAAAGUCCACAGCUGAACAUAAACCUCUCCUAGUGCAUGGAUUUGUCUUUAUUGGUAGGUGAAGAGACAUAGACAUAGGUGAGAUAUCUUAUCUCACAUCUUUGAUAUUGUGAGAUAUCUUGCCUAUUUCGUCUAUCAUGUAGGCACACCAUUUGCAACUUUACAAGGUGCAGGUUCGGUCUCACAUGGAAUACUCUUCCCAUCUCUGGGCAGAGGCUCACCAGUGCCAGCUCCUUCCACUUGAUCGCAUCCAACACAGAGCGGUUUGAAUCGUCAACGAGCGAGUUCUUUCCGAUUGACUUGACUCACUGGCACUGUAUAGAGAUGCUGCAUCUCUUUGCGUAUUUUAUCACAUCUAUUACAGGAAGUGUCCUGAGGAAUUGUUAAUAUCUGGAUGAUUGGCGGUCCAUCACUGUGCGACUUAGAAGAAGUUUUCUUCCUUGCACAACUUCCUUGUGGAAUUGAUUACCACCAGCACACACUUUUUCUGGACCGAUAGGACUUAGGGACCUUCAGAAAAGAGCAAUGCAUCUACAAUUCCUCUGGUGUUGCAGUUGUUCAUGGGCGGCAGUAGUCACUUACCAUCAGGUGAGCCGCAUGCUCGUUUGCCCCCUCUCCUAUAAAUAAAUAAUUAAUCUUUUUUGCCUGUCUGGUUUUUUACUCCUAGUGUAAACAAGAUGGUUAUAUUUCCACGCAAAAUAUGCGUUUAGGUGUGGAGUUGCGGUAAACAGCCUGUUUAUUCAAUGGUUAUAUUGCUAUCUAUCAGAAGCCCCAAGACCUUUAGGCAUAUCCCUUAAUUGAAUCUUAAAAUACCCACUGGGGUGAUAGAUUCUCUUCAAAUAUUUUUAAUAUGUUUGUAGUAAAACAAAUUACUUUGUACCACUUUGUAUUUACUUGAUAAACUAAUCACAGUAAUUAUAUUUCACUUAUAAUUACACUUCACUUAAAGUACACACAGCUACUAGCAGAGUGAACUCACAACUGAACUACCACUAAGAUAUAGCAGUUCCUUUUAUAGUAUACAAAGCUGUUACGAUUACCCACAAAUUUUAUUAUUAAAUUUGAAGAAUAAGUACACCUAAUAUAAUUUAUAAUUUAUUAUAUAAGUGCCCUUGAUUUAAAAUCCAUUGGUAACAAUAUGUGUUUAUCUAUUGAUUUGUGACUUUGUAAACAAUUUUAGUGCCGUGUAGUGUCGGUCAAGAAUAUCCACUACCCCAUAUCCUCCCGUGGGUGUCGUAAAAGGCGACAAAGGGAAACAGGCAGGAGAUGGGCAGCAGCAUCUUCCUGAUAAUAGCCAAAAUUACAAUAAAAAAACUGCGGUUGCCAACCCGCUCGCCAAGCGUGGAAACUAUGGCAAAUACCCCCCAAUGAUUAAAGCAACAAACAGACGGCCCCCAGUCCCCGGCGGCCCCGCUAUACGAUUUUGUAUCGAUUGCUGGAAGCAAAGAAACUGUGGGUAUGGGAUUCGUUAGAGCAAGUUGCCUUUGAUAAAGCUAAGGAUUUGUUGUCAUCUGAUUUAACCUUAGUUGGAUAUGACUUGAAAGAGAAUUAUUGUUUAUCUGUGAUGCGUCUGACUAUGGUGUGGGUGCAAUAAUUGCCCAUGUGAUGGAAGAUGGGUCAGAACGACCAGUAAUGAUGGCCUCCAGAACAUUACAACCCCACUAGCGACGGUAUGGACAGAUUGAUAAAGAAGCUUUAGCGAUAAUAUUUGGGGUUACAAAAUUUCAUAAAUUUUUACUAGGAAGGAAGUUUUGUAUCAUUACAGAUCAUAAGCCACUAAUUGGAUUGUUUAAUCCGAAGAAACCUAUUCCGGGUCAGAUUUCAUCCAGAAUGUUGCGAUGGUCUCUGAAAUUGGUGUGUUAUGAAUAUGACAUAAAAUACAGACCUGGAAAAGGCAUUGGUAAUGCAGAUGCUCUCAGCCGAUGGACUUCUGUUAACGCAGCUGAAGCGCGAGGGAUGGGUUCGUUAGCGGAUGUGCUACUAUUAGAGGAACCUCCCUCUGGAUUAAACUUGGAUGCAGCGAAAAUUGCUGCUGAAACUAAAAAAGACCCGGUACUACAAAAGGUUUUAUUUCAUGUGCUACAUGGUUGGACUGGCAAAAAUACUGACCCCACACUCCAGCCGUAUUGGACGCGAAGAGAGGCUCUUUCACAUAAUAAAGAGUGUUUAUUGUGGUGUAACAGAGUCAUUAUACCCGCUUCUUUACAACAGCAGGUAUUAAAGGUAUUGCAUGCACCGCAUGUUGGAAUCGUCCAGACGAAAGCUUAUGCUAGAGGAUACGUAUGGUGGGUCGGUAUGGACGCUCGGAUAGAGGCCACAGUGACUGUUUGUGAGUUGUGUCAAGCCGUGAGAAACAAUCCACCAAGAGAUCCGCACACAUGGAUUUUACCUGACAAACCAUGGAGUCGUGUCCAUGUUGAUUUUGCACGACCAUUUCAAGGGAAGACUUUUUUGUAAUGAUUGACAGCUAUAGCAAAUGGUUUGAGGCAGAUAUUUUAUCAAAUAUGAGUAGUGAAGCCCUAAUAGCUAGUUGUCGCAGGAUUUUUGCUUCGCAGGGAUUGCCAGAAAAAUUAAUUUCGGACAACGGCAGAGCCUUUAGCUCAAGGGAAUUUAAUAAUUUCCUACAAAACAACGGCAUCGAACACUUGUAGUCACCUCCAUAUCACCCGGCGACGAAUGGACAAAUCGAACGGGCGAUACAGACCUUCAAGAACAAGCUCAAGAAAAUGUCUGAUGCAUGGGUAUUAUGGACUGAGAAACUACCUAGAGUUUUAUACUCGCUCAGAACGGUGCCGAAUCACCUCGGUAAAACUCCUGUAGAGAUGUUGAAUGGACGUAAAUAUAGAACUGCGGUGUCGGCGCUACAUCCGGAUAGUGGACCAGAGCGCUCUGAGCGACAGCUGGAAGAGGUGGCGCAGCGGGUGCCCGGUCGAGCCUUCGCUCUCAACCAGCCCGUGCUAGUACGUGCCUAUGGGCCAGGAGAGAAGUGGCGACACGCCACCAUUGAGUAUGUCGAGGGUCCUGGUUGUUAUAUGGUGAGAACGGAAGAUGGACUGCUAAUUCGCCGACAUGUUGACCAAAUACUGGCGCGAUCCACGGCCGUAACCGAGAACCAGACCUCUGAUGCCCUGCCAAUACCUCAAUUACGUAGAAGAUCAAAUUCGUCUUCUGGGUCUGACCCACCAAUACAAAUACCACCACCAGAAAUGUGGCCUGAAAUUAUUGGCAUACCAAGUACUGACUAAACUAUAAUUGCAAAUUGGCAAGAAGCUGUGGUUUAUUAGUGAUUAGAAACAAAUAAUGAAAAACAAUAAUUAAAAUGAUUUAUUUUAACUUUAGGCCUAAAUUAUGAUUGUAACCGUGUUAUUGGGAUAGAAAGGUAUUAUGUUAUGUAUUGAUAAUGUUGAGGGUAAAAUUGUAAUAUCUGUGUAAGGUAGAUUUGAUUAAAUGAGUUUGUUUUGCUACUUGAUCUGGCGUGUAUCUACCUACAAAGUCUAAUACCCAAAGAAACUUCAUCCACAUAACUUUCUCUCUAACAAUAUAACCUUCUCUAUAGCAACGUCAAGUACUCAUGCAGUGAAUGAUCACGUCUCAGUUCAUAUGUCAUCACUGGCAAAUCGCACUGGUUUUCAAGUUUUGAGGUAUACAUGACGAGAUACGUAAUCUCCCGGACGAUUCCCAGCAGAGUUGAAUCUGCCGAUUGACCCUUCCGUCGACGUUGGAUUUAUCUAGUCGGACAGUUAGUCCUAGGUGAACAUCUCACUUCACAAGUCCACUGCUGAACAUAGGCCUCCCCCAAGGAACGCCACAAAGCAUGGUCCCGUACCACCUGCAUCCAUUGACUUCCUACAUGUCUUACCAGGUCGUCACUCCAUCUAGUGGGAGGACGCCCUACACUUCGCCUGCCACUCGAGAACCUUUCUUCCUCAUCGGUUGUCGGUUCUUCGAGCUAUAUGGUCGGCCCAAUGCCACUUCAGCUUACUAAUCCGUUGGGCUAUGUCGGUUACUCUGGUUCUACUGCGGAUAUCCUCGUAUUUAAGUCUAUCAAACAGAGAAACCCUUAGGAUAGCCCUCUCCAAGGUCGCUGAGCGACUUUGAGCUUCCUCAUACGGCCAGCAGUGAAGAACCACGUCUCUGAUCUAUAGGUCAUAUGUGGCAACAUGCACUGGUUCUGCUGAUUGCAUGGGCUGUCCCCGUGUAGUGGCCGGUAAGUAUAGCCCACUACCCCAUAUCUUCCCGUGGGUGUCGUAAGAGGCGACAGAAGGAAACUGAGGCAGAAGAUGGGCAGCGGCAUCUUUCUGAU